CGCUGGGUUUGCUAACAGUUAAAUUUGUGUCUCUAUUGCAAGCAACGCCUGAUGGGGUGUUAGAUCUUAAACAGGUUAGGGCCUACCCCUGAACUCAAACAUGUGGAUUUUGAAGUACUGGUAGGCCUAAUGUGUGUAUGUGCGCCCGUGUACGUGUGUACCGGUACCUACAGAGCUUCAGACUACACCUGUCCAGUCCAUUUUUGAUUAAAUUCAGUAUGGAGUAAUCCAUGGCUGCUGAUUUAUUAGCAGUGAGUCAAAAGAGGCGGAUUUAUGACAUAACAAAUGUGCUGGAAGGGAUAGGACUUAUAGAAAAGAAGAACAAAAAUCUCAUCCAGUGGAAGGGUUCGGAAUUCCCACUUCAGGGACCGCUGUGUUCCAUUUCAGAAAUAAAAAAAGAACUAGCAAAGCUAAGAAAAUAUGAAGAACUACUAGACACCCAUCUGCAGUGGUGCAAUCAAAGUGUGAACAAUAUAAUGGAUGAUGAAGAGAAUAAGAGAAAAGCGUAUGUUCUGGACUCUGAUGUCAACUUCUGUUUUGAAGACAAUGUUUUUUUGGCCAUCAAAGCACCCCCUGGAACUCUCUUAGAAGUUCCUGUUGUGGAUCAUAAAGCUGAAAACUCUAAUUCCAAAUACAUGAUUCAUCUCAAGUCCAAGUCUGAUCCUAUUCAUGUGUAUUAUCUCCAACAGGGCUCAAAACUAAAAGAUGUUAAAAAUCUUAGUAAAUUAAAAUCUGAGGUCAGGAAUUGUCAGUUUGCCAAGGGGAAGAAGAGUGGGUCCUUGAAAACAGACGAAGGCGGAGACACCCAUCUAGAAAAUCCAACUGAGUUUUUAAAUAUAGAGGAUACAAAUGAAACAGAAUCAGUCUUGAAUCACUCUCCUCCUGAAAAAGUAGAAGUGAGGCCCAAAAACAGUAAAAACAAAAUGUUGACAGAAGAAAUGAUAGAAGCUUCAGUCAUCUUAGGAGAUCUCAAAGAUUUUUUAGUUACCAAUACUGAUAUGGAUGUAUCACCAGCACCAGAUCCUUAUGAAAGUGAUGCAAAUUCACCAUUUUUAAGGCUGAGCCCUCCUCUCAACAGUUUGGACUACAGCUUCAAUCUGGCUGACAACGAAGGUGUCUCUGACCUAUUUGAUGUUCCAACAGUGAAGAAAUAGCCAAACGCAUUCCUAACCAUCAACUAUGUGAUAUACGAACAGUCAAUUACCUAUUUUUUAUGUGUCAUAUUGAAGUGUUAACAUUGAAUUGACAAUAGGUGUUUGUAACCUGAGUAAUGAACCCAAGGACCAACAUUUUUUUUAAAUGUAACUGUGUAAGUCUGGAAAAAUUACAUUAUAAAAUCUAUUACCAUAUGUAAGUAAACUAUGUCUGCCUGUACAUAAAUGAGUGUGCCAGUGAAUGUCCGUUUCAUA